AGCUGGUUUGCUUCCUGUUGGUCGAAGGUCAGUGGCACGAUUGCUUGAGAUGUUCAAAAUGAAGUUCAAUAAUUGUAUUAUUUGUAAGGAUUAUGGUAACGAAUAUGGAUGAGGUACAGGUGGAAGCAGAACAUUUAGAAAUAAAGUUGUGACUUUCCACUGUGAGAUUUGUUAGCCGUAGCAAACAUGUGACAUUACCAGCAACGAGAGCCAGCAGCUGCACCUAGUGUAAUAAUGGAUGACCACAAUGGGGAGUGUUUUGAGCACCACGAGGAACUUUUUGCUCCAAUAAACACUUCAGACUCUGAACACGAUUGCUUGAAGGAGUUUUUGUUGGAGCCGGAAGACGUGUCAAGGAGCGUGCCGGGUAGUGCAGACAGCUGUGACGUUCUAAGCCCUUUCAUCGGCUUGGGCAAUCACGUGGGUCAUGAAGUUGGCCUGAAGCCCCUCGGAACAGAACAGCAAAGUGUGUUUCAUAACACCUUGAAACUUCCUAAUCAGCUAGAUAACAACAUCCCGCUGAAUAAUUUCGGUUCCAUAGUCAAUUCGCACGGGAGUGUUGACACUUGUGCUGGCACAAAUACUGGUUUCUCUUUGCCCGUGGAAGCAGCGGUUGAUGGUUUGCACUCGAGUGGGCAGUCACCAUGCAUGAACUUUAACCGCGUAGGUGAAAACAUUCCGCAAUUGCCCGAAAGUUUAUUAUUAGGUGACCAUGCUGUGAAUUUCCUUCCCCAACAGUUGAACUAUGGGAACAACUCUGUGCCGGACUGCGAAGGUGCGUCAAGCAGCGACUGUGUUUCUCCCAACUUCAGUACCAGAAACGUUAAUGACGAUGAGAGUGACGAACACGAUGUGCUUGAAAGCAUCUCAUCGUCCAGUAGGAGCGGGAGCGUCGGCAGGGGGAGGGGUGGGGGGCGGGGGCGGAAACGCAGAGGGGCAGCCGAGUCAUCACGUGGCCGCUCCGCUGGAGUCAAGAAGCGGAAGCAGCAGGUGACGACGUACCAAAGCCAGAUAUCGCCGGACCAGAACGGAAUCAAGCUGCGGAUCAAGAUGUCGUCGAGGACGGCGUCUGUGGCGCCGACCCGGAGAAAGGAGCGCAGUAGGAAGCGCAAGGUUAAACGGAACUCGUCGACGGAUGACGAAGCGAGCGAGGGUGAGGCCAUUGCUUCUCGGUGGCAGCCUGAGCCUGAGUCGCUUGAAGAGGAGGAGGAGAUCCAGGGAGAGCAAAGUGUGUGGGGGGAGAGGUUUCCCACCAACGUGCUCAAGAGGAUAUUUAUGAUGCUGACGUACGAAGAAGGCUGCAUGCCCUUCCUCCUAAGGAUGUCUAGGGUGUGUCAGCUGUGGCGUAAUGUCUCUCUCUCCCCAUCGCUGUGGCACACCGUGGACUUGUCAGGGCUGUGGGUCAAAGAACGUUACCGCAACUACGAAACUUUCAGAUGGCUGUGUGAAAACAGACUGACGAGGGUCCAGGAACUUUCUGUUGGGGGCUGGAAGUACAUCACCAUCAACUUUGCGCUGGAGAGCAUCUGCCACAACUGCACGGAGCUGACGGGGCUGGGGCUGAACGGGUGGGAGGGCCUGACGGCGGACCACGUCAAGUACCUCAUCGCCAACUGCCCCGGGCUGGCGCGCCUGGACCUUUCCAGCAUCAAUCCGGAGAGUGCCAACAGCCGUGGUGCGUUGUCACUCGGCUCGCUCACCCACCUGGCCCAGGAGAUGGGCGAGAGACUAACCCACCUGGUGCUGGCGGACAACACUUUGUCGGGCCUGCCACAGAUCAUCAAUGCGCUCGCUACAUACUGCCCAGGUCUGCAAGUGCUGGACUUGUCAAACUUGCGCACGUACACCACUGCACACCUGCACAUUGAGAGGCUGCAGGAGGGCUGCCAGAACCUGAGGGUGCUCAGGAUAACCAACAGCACGGUGUGCUUGGCGCAAGCCACCCUUCAGGAGCAGGCGGCGGCCCCGGGCUUCCCGGCUCUGGAGGAGCUGAGCGCGGCGGGGCUGGGGGGCAACGUGCUGUGUUCCAACCCCGUCAUGGACGACAGCUCUAUCGAGAGGAUCCUGAAGAACUCGUACAAGCUGCGGCUGCUGGACGUGAGGGGAGGGGCGCGGGUCACGGACUCCAGCCUGGUGCGGGUCCCCGCCUGGGACCUCGAGCACUUGUUCCUCUCGGGCUGCUGCAUCACGCGGGGGAUUGACUCGGGGCUGGAGCUGGUGGUGCAGAAGUGGAGCCACAGCCUGAAGGAGGUGGACCUGGCGUGGAGCACCGCGACGGCGGCCCUGGACAGCGCCGUGCAGGCCUUGGCAGAGCGCGGCGAGGAGUCUCCGCUCAGGAUACUGAACCUGUGCGGGUCGUCGGUGAGCCUGGGGCCGGUGAAGGAAGUGCUGACCAAGUGCCCGCACCUCGGCUCGCUGAACCUGUCGUCGUGCCGAGCCCUGCCGCGCGGCAUGAAGCGCCUGUACGAGGGGCCUGAGGAGGUGGCCGAGCUGCGCAGCUCCUUCGUGGCGGGGGAGGCGGGGGCCAGCCCGGAGCAGGAGCGCGAGAGGAACGGGCGGGUCGGCGCCGAGCUGAUCCUCGCGACGGGCGACGUCUCCGGCGUGAGGGAACACGGUGGGGCGGAGGACGAUGCCGUCGUGCAGGUGGGUUGAGUCCCACCUUGCUGUCUCUGUGCCAUUCUCUCUUACGAGGUCCACUACCUUUCAUCGAGGACGGAGGGGGAAAGUUGUGAAUCCAAAUUUUGCACAGUUUUAUGAAUGAGUAAGUGUGUUGGUCAUUUCAGUUGUCAUCGAAAAUAAAAUAAAAAAAAUACUCGGUCUCAUUGCCACGACGAAUUGCGGUCAGUCGUUUUGGCCAUGUUCUCAUCGACUGUGAGGAAAGAAGGCUGUUGUCCGUGAUUCCAGCUCGGUCGCAAGUUUCGCACGAACACUAUGUCAACCUGCGAAAGCUGCCUUGUGAUAGUGCAAAUUGUCAAUUGUUGCCAAGAGUCGCGAUGCUCCGAACUGUCAUCCUCGUGAAAGUGAAUAAAGGUCGAUUGUGUUGCUUUGUAAAAAAAUUUUAUUGGUGCAUUCUGUGUCGUAUUUUUACAGAUGUUUCUUCAUCAUUGUUGGUAAUUGUAACAUUAUGAACCAGGUGUAGAGUGCAAAAAUAAACUUUUUGAUGAGGUUCAAAAGAACCAAAUGUUAGGACCUUUGCAUCAAGCAUGUGGAACAUAGCAGCUAAAGCUAAUAUGUUAAAAUUAAUUGAUGAUUUGAAAGCAUGAUGACGAAUGGUUGUGAAUUUAAUUUUUCCCUCAUUAAUGCAACUAGUUGAGUGUUUGCUCAAGUCAGUGUUUGCUGGUAUGUUAUGUAUGGGAAGUUUCAAAUUAGCAAAUUACUUGUGACAGCUGGUUUCUAUCUGUACAUGUAAUUUAACUCACGUGGUGAGACACUGCACCUUGGAGCCAUUCAAGGGAUAUAUAUUUCCCUAAACCUUUCUCUAAAUAGUUGAAUAAGCCAUCAGUUGAACUGCCAAAUGGAUCAUUGUAUGUAUAAGAAUUUUAAUGAGUUGUUGCUGCAUUAUUUUCCAUAAAAUAAAUGUUAUGCAUAUGUAUAUUUUUAAAAAUAAUUAAUCAUUUUAUGUAUAUACUUUUUAUAAUGAUUUAUUUACAGGACUAUGACUGUUAUACAAGUAAAGUAAUGGUUUUAUGAAAAUCAAGUGUAAAAUGGUAAUGACUAAUGAGUUACUGAAUGCAAAAUAUAAUACAUACACGAAUACGUACAUGUAAACACAUGACUAAAAUGAUAAUUGUAAAUGAAGUAUUUGUGUCUAUCUGACAGUCAUUUAUCAUAUCUAUGUAAGAAUUGGUAAAUAGUGAAGAAGUUCUACAUUUUUUUUGCAGACACAUUGAUUUUCAGAAAUUUGACCAAUUUUUCGGUUUUUAGAAGAUAUAAGCGGGUGAACAGGAAAAUUGCAGCAUUUUCUCAUGUUAAUAUAAAUAGGAUAAUUGCUAUAAUUUUCGCAAUGGUAAUCCAGAGUACAUAAGAUUAGUUCGGAGUGCUGGUUCCUGAAAAUUAUAUUUUGCUCCAUGCUAUAUGACAUGCAUUUUGCUCCAUGGAAAGAUGAGAUGUACUCGCAUGUUCCCAACAGUUUUUCUUGCGAUAGUGCAAAUCAAAUAUCUUUGUCAUUAUCUGAAGUCUUUUUUUUCUAAUAAAAUUCAAGAGACUUGUAUGUAACCAUAAGUGAUGGUAUUAAUGAAAUUAUUUGUGUUAAGGCAUACUUAUUCAUAGUUAUAAUUUUUUUUUAAUACAAAAUCUUUUAUAUGUGUCUCGUCACUUUACAUAUGUGAUUUACUGAUUUGUGCUUGUCUUAGUUUUUUUGUAGAGCUGGGCGGGAUCCCAGUUUUUACAGAAAAACCAGGACCUUGUCUUCCCUGAAAAACCUGGGAACGUAUCUUUCCCAAAACGUUGGGCGAGAAAUUACUUUUUCCUGUUUCCUGAUUAUAUUCCAGUAGUAUUCGUGUCCAUGUGCCAAACCCUAUAUUAAAAAAAUUUUUCAAAGAAAUAACUGCACUUUUUACCUAAUCCAAUACAUGCACACAAUUGAUAAUUCAUCAUUUUCAGCAGUUAAAACUCAAAUGGUUAAUGGUGCCGUAAAAAAUAUUUAACUGAACGGUUGUAAACAAGCUCUUUAUUUAGCAUUUGAAAUCAACAUCAAAUAAUCAGUUAUUUCUCUAUUGUCACUAAACUGAAGCAGAAGCAAAUCUCAUCCAUGAUUAAUAAUACCAAUAUUAAACAUAUUAAAUGCAUAAGAAACAGUUAUUUCUUGUUUCUUUCAUUUCACAUUACCAGUAUCCAAAAAAUAAACAAAAAUGACUACAGCCAUGGACAUCAACAGAAAAAACAAGAACCGUUAUGCUAUGGACAAAAUGUGAACACAAUUUUUAAAUGUAUAGUAAUGAUAAAUCUACCAGUAUUUUCACUCAUUUGGAUCUGCAUUUAUCUAUGACACUAUAGAUGUUGUGCCUUGCAUUGUGAAAGCAACAUAAACAAAAGUAAAUGUAAAUAAAAGGGCCAGAAUCAAGUAGAAAGUCACUGUAAUUGUGUCUAUAAAGGCUAGUCCACAUACCUCGUCCUCGGACAGUGGUCCGCGGACGCCCAACGUCCGCGGACGAAUGCACACAUAUGUGCUGUCUACAUGCUGCUGGUCCGAAGCAGGUCCGAAGUGAAGCUUAGCAGUCGUAACACCAGAGUGCAGUAAAUGUGCGAGGCAUUUUCUUUUGUCUACAUCGAGUUGUUUUCAUUUAAAGUUGUCUGCUAGAUUUACAUAUGCAUAGUUUAUUUUGUUUCAAUUGUUUUGAAAUUUAAGUUUGCAGGUUAUAUUUUGUACAUUAAUUUUGACAAUAUGUUAAAUAAAUAAAUAUUACAACAUAAUAUAAUUGAGCUUUUAUCAUACGUGGCACAAUAUUAGGUGAAUUAUUGCCUAAGCAGUUUUAACGUCAGACGAAUCUUCAUAUAGUUUUCAAGACGUCUGUAUGUAAAACCACAGUGUAAAACAAAGAAAAUGUUAACAAACAUUAACCUCAAGUCGUUCUCUUCGCGACCAACUCUUUUUUUAUUUCAGGUCAAAUUGCUCCCAACUCUUUCAACUCCCGCGAGUCAAACAAAUCUCUGACUCGUCCGCGGAUUAAAAGUUAAAAAUUGCGAAUGAUCUUUGACAUUGGGACAUUGGGACACUGGGACGUGACGUCAGAGGGUCACGUGCACCAAUCAGCAGUUAGCUGUCCGCGGACUACGGUCCGAGGACGAGGUAUGUGGACUAGGCUUAAUAUUGCCAAAUGGGUACGUGGUGGUCGUGAGUAACAAAAUGAGCGAAUAACUUAAGUUAACAGUAUAAAUAUAAGCUAAUAUUUUCACUAUUUCACAAAUUAAUUUUUUGGUUUGAUUACCCUAUCAUAAAAUUAAAUAAAGUUUGCCUUAAUUCUGGUAUUUUACAGUCUUUGAAAAUUACCUGCCUUUUAACAAUGUGCAAUCACUAGAUUUGGUCCGACACAAUAAAAACAGCAAAAAUUUUCCUCUAUAAUUAUACAAAUUUUUGAAAUUUAUAACCUCGUAUAAUUCUCACUCAGUCCCAUUGUUUUUCCCGCAUGAGGAUUUUUUUCCCUUACCGAAAUUUUCCCAAAUCAAUAUCUUUAUCUUGCCCAGCGCUAGUUUUAUGGCAUUAAGUUAUUUUAAGAUCACUGUUUUAAAUUCAGUGUAAUAUAUUUUUUUUUUUAUGUGUGCACUAGCUAAGAUUUAUUGUUUUCAUGAAAUUUAGUUGAUUAAAUUUAAUAGGCAUAAUAGAUUAUCACUUUAAAAAAAAUUCUUUACCGAUAUGUAUUUUUAAUGAUUUUAGGAAACUUUUAAAAAAUUCUUAAUGAAUUCUGUUUGUGAUAAAAUCAUAAAACUAAACUAACACGGAAGGCUGCUGUGUAGGACUUAAUUUUCUUUAGAUGCUAGACUAUAUUCUCAGGACUUUACCAUGAAAUAAAAUGUAGAAUUUGGUCUGGUCUGGGACAAUGCAAGUGAGAGCCUUAUGCUCAAAUCUUCUGGGCAGUACAGUUUCUUCUGACUGGCAACAUUGAAAUUAACCACAUCAGCUACAAAAUAAAUAGUUUAUAAUAUUUUAAGGUUUAGAGAAAUCUGUGUGAGGUCAAUGUUUAUGCUAGUUUCAACGAAAUACAGUAUGUCCAUAAAACACUGUCCCAGUUAUAAAUUUUAAUAGUAUCAACUUUAAUAGUUGUAGUGUGUUGGUUCAAGGUCACAAUUAAAGAGUAACUCAAACCGUUUUAGAUAAGCACAUACGUGAGUACUGCUUUGUUUUUUUCUCACUUGCAGUGCCACCUACACAAAAUGGUGACUCCUAAGCAUAAUUUCUUCAAUUAGUCGAGGGUAAACCUAUAAACUUUAAUUGUCAACAGGUCGGAGCCUUUCCUAAGGGGAAUCUCUUUGUACGAGAGUGGUUGAACGUUAGAAAGUCCCUGACCGUUGGAUUGGUCGUAAUGGUCGAGAUGACAAAGCUCUUUUUCGCUGGCUCCUAAGUUCACCUGACAAAGUCAUGUUAGUUUUUCACCUUUGAAGCUUUAUAAAAGAUUGGUCUACAUUGCCAGAGUUGAGACACAGAAUUGAAGAGGCUAUUGCUUCCAUUACUCUGGGCUUGUAAACCAGUGGAAAGAAGUGGACUUUAGGUUGGAUGUGUGCCGUACAACUAAAGGUGCACAUGUUGAACAUUUGUAAGAAAAACUAGGUUAGUUAACCUUCAAUUUGAUGUAUUAUUUGUUGUAAAUAGUAUAAAUUGAACUGUUAAAAUAUACCAUUGAAACUGGGACAUUAUUUUAUGGACAGCUUGUAUAUUGGAUUGCAGUGUCAAGCUGGACUCCGGCUGGUUUUAUUUUUAAGUAAGAAUACACAUUAAAUUAAUGGUAACGUUAAAUCUGAGGUGAUUCUUUUUCCUGACGUUUGAGAAUGAGCUGCUAUUGUCAGAUGCUGGCAUUCACAUGUAAUUUUUUUUUGUUAAAACAUGUUUGAGAGGUCUUGAAAUAGAUGUUUUUAAGCUAUCUUAACUGCCACUUUUUUUAGCCACAGAAAUUUUGUAUCAAAUGCAUUUUAUCAGCUGAUUGGCUGUGGGCUUUUUUAUGUAAAAAGAAUAUAGCCUAUUACUGAGGAUAAUGUGCAAGAUAUUCAGAUGAAAUGUUUGAUUUUUACUGGUGUACAUUCACCAAUAUUCAUAAUUGAUCUCUUGAUACACGAGUUUUAUGGCUCGUUUCAUUCUUACAACUACUUUAUAUACGUACCUAUUUUUCCAACUAAUGCAUGUUAAAUAGUGACACAAUUUUUCUCUGAAUAAAUUAAAGUGCUAUAGAUAAUGUGCAAAAUGCACCAUGCAUCUGUUAUUAUUUGUGUGCAGGAGUUAUGUAGUUCAUAAUAUUGAAGCCACCAUAUUUACUUGCAUUAUAUUUACAAAGAAUAAUAAAAAAAAGAUACAAAGAUUAUGCAAUGGAAAACAAAAUCUUAACUUACAAAUGUCUUGAAAAGCAACUUUUAGAAACUCUUGGUUGAAGGAGACAACAAGUACAAUGGCAUCUUCCCUGCAGGCUAAAUAAAAAAUUCCACAACAGUGUUUGGAAUUUCUAACCAUUACACUUUGCAUGAAAUUGGAAGUAAAUUUCUUUUAUUAAAAUUAGUAUGUUUUGCUUUUCCCGCUUGCUGCUGUAACGAGUUGCUGUUUCACCAAAUCAUAUACGAACCUACAUUGUCAAGUACCAUGAUAGAGACAGGUUGCACAGGAAAAACCGUGCACAGCUGUCCAUUUGGCAACAGUGCAGCUACGGAAGGAUCAACACCCUUCAACCUUUCCCUCGGCCACUGCCACCUGACAGGGAGUAGGUGUAGCGUCUGUGGGUCAGGUGGGGAACAUUAGGUGCAACUUUUUUUAGUGUGAGUCGUGCCGAACAUUAAUAGGAAAAAAAAAGCAGUGAAUAGCACUUGGCUUUAUCUAAAUAUGGAAGAAGUGGAAUAUACGCAGUACCUCAAAGAACAGCUGAUGUUUUGUACAGAUGGUGAUCAAACCUCAAAGACUUAUAUUGUUUACAGCAACAGCUGUAUUCUCUGUUUCUCCCUGGAUUGUUCAAGAUUACUUACAUGUUUAUUUUGUUUUUAAAAUUCUGAGGACGUGGGUACGGACAUACGGUGGCUUUAGUGCUUAUGCUAGUAAAUAUGGUGCAAAUGCAUGAUUGUUGGAAGUAAGUGGAAUGGCUAAGGUAAAAUUACGGUGCAAGAUUUUUUUUCCAUGAGGUUUUCAGGAAAUGAAAAUCAAAUACAUAAUUUUGAAUUGAUCUUAGCCCCAGUCUCCAGAGCUGUUUCACAUUCUUAUGUAAGUUAUUGAAGAUAAUUUUGAAUUCAGGCAACAUUUGAAUGCAAUUCAAUGAAUGGAUUACGAGUGCUUCGGUGUAAAAUGAUGGAUCUCUUUAGGUUAUUCCACAAGUUCUUAGAUUUUAACAUGUUAAACUAUGCCGUGUCUGUCAGUGGGUUAUGGUUUUACAAUUAGGUGAUGAGUUUGGAUUCUCUGUUAGUGGUGGAAGUCUUAUCCAUUGGAAUAAAAAAAUUAUGAAAUGAUAACAAUACAUAUAACUAUUUAUUUUUAAAAUACAUAGUGUGUAUUGUUAAAAUCAAAGUACGUUAUUAAUACGUAUGAAAAUAUUAAUUUCUGGAAAUGUAAUAUUAUUGCCUAGAUGGAUAUUAGCUUACAGAAGUAGGUUUACUUAGUUAUAGUGCAAAAUAAAAUAUAUUUAUUUUUGAAAUAUAUAUUAGUAUGAUUAUUUAUUAUUUUAGUCUUUUUUAAAAAUUUCCAAUACACUUGUAUUACAUUACAGUAAUCAUUUUCAAGUCAUAUGAUUCUAUGGUACCAUUUUAUGUUUUAUUUUAUGGCAAUAAUCCACACUUCGCAUUUUCCAGCUACGCAGAGCCAAAAAAAGAAAUGAAAAAGUAUUGUAUUUUCUAAUCAACAAUUAAUAAAUGAAAAAUAACCAAAUAAAUUAUUUGUGACUGUUACUAGAAACGCUCAUUAUUCCUUGUUUCUGUCACAUGUUUCCAGAUUAUCUAUUUAGAAUUUAAAAUUUAUUUGCAUACUUUUUAUUUUAUAUUUUAUAUACAAAUAUAGAUUUAAAAAAAAAUGGAAUAAGGAAAAAAAAUCUGGUGGCCUAAAUCACAACUUCCCAAUCCAUUUCCCAAUUUUGUUUAUGAUUCAUGGUAUAUCCAUAUCUAUAGUAUUUGGAUUUUUUCAUUUUUUGUUUUGUUUUUGAGAUUGUUGCAAAGAAAUUUAUAAUGUGCAAGUCCUUAAUUUUUAACUUGUACUGAUUUUUAGGUUUUUGAUACUCUACUUUUUUUUACAGAUUAUUUAUUAUGCCUGCUGGCUUGUGUUCAUUAGUUUGUUAUCCCAAUUAAAUGCAAAUGUCGGAGCAGUUCCUAGCGUGUGCCUUGCAGCCUACCCUCACCAUUGGUUGUUCAUUGUGCAUAGAAAGCAGAUGAACUCAGCUGUUUAUGACAUACUUACAUGGAGAUACCAUCAAUACAAAGUUUCAAUAUUUAUUUUGUACCUACAAGGUUUUAAUAUAUUUCAGUCACAACACUGCUUGCUUUAAAAAUAAUAUAUUAUUUUGCAAAUUUUUAAUCCUUUUAUUUAUUUCUGUUAUAAUUUGUGAAGAUAUAUUUGGUGCAGUGGUGAUAUUUGCAAGAUGGCACCAAAAUAUGUGUUAAAAGAAAAUAGAAUACAAUCAAGUAGAAUUUAUUUAUUGAAUAUUCACAGAAUAUAUUUAUUAGACAGUAAUAGAUAGAUUGAUAUAUCAUAUUCAUUGUUUAUGCUUGCUUAUGCAAUGAAUUUGUGUCUCGACAAUCAUGUUAUUCUGAAAAUUCCACAAUUGCUGUUUUUGUAGGUUUUCUUGGUGCUUAUCCAGCAGAAUGUAACACUGUCACAAAAGUGUAAAUCAGUGGUACAGGUAGAUUAUUAAGUUAAACAUAAGUCAUUGUAUUGGUGCAAGAGAUGGCAUGCAUGCAUUAAAUUGCUGGUUCUGUGCAGAUUUUUCCAAUUUUAAACAGUAUUAAUGGUUGGUGCAGUGUCUCACUAAAUUGUUAUUACAUACUUUUUAAUAAGUUAAAUGCUGUAAGUAAAAUCUAAAUUUUGAAAUACCUAUGUUUUAAAAUUUAACAAAAUUUUGAUUUGUAAGUCAUUGAUUUUAUGAAUUGUGACAAUUUUAUAUGAUGAUAAUAUAUGCUCAGUGAAAUAUUCUGUUAAUUUUUAAGUGAGCAUUUAUAAUGUGAAUAUGCAAAGUUGUUUUCAUUGCAAGCACAAAUGCUCACUGUGUGUGGUAUCUUUAAAAAGUUGAAGGAAUGCAAACCAUAAUAUUGGUGCAUCUAAAAAAUACAAAUAUUACUGUGAUGCUCAAGAUUUACGAAGAAUUUUUUUUUGUAAUUUCAUCAAUUGUGUUUUUAUAAGCAGUCAAGCAGUGGUACCUGUUUUACGAGAUAUUGCUUAAUGCUUAUAUUGCAAGAUGCUUGGGAGGCAAUUAGACUGAUUGAUUUUAAUUUAAAUAAAUCUGAAGAACUCUAAUUUGAA